AUGGCACACUCCAUUGAGAUUACCUCAAUAGAUAACCAAACUCCACUGCUUCUUCAAACUGAAAAAGAUGAGAUCAAGGAAACAAAUGAUGAAGAUCCAUCAGGGUCACAAACAAAGAAACGUGUAAAUCAAAUCUUUGAUAAAAUGUUUGAGGAUUUGGACAAAUCAUCUUUUAAAUCGAAUAGCAUAUUCAAAGUAAAUGUGCGGCUACGUGAAUCAAAUCCAGAUGCUUACACACCAAAGAUGGUCUCUAUUGGUCCUUACCAUAGGAAAAAUCCUCAACUUCGUCCAAUGGAAAAGUACAAACUAUUGUACCUACGGCGAUUUCUUCAACGAAAAGAGGGGCUUGAUGUGGAAUUUUGCACCAGUGAAUUGCAGAUACUGAAGGAGAAAGCACUCAAGUGUUAUGAAGAUAUAGAAGAUAUUAGUCAUGAAUUUUGCCAAAUGUUGUUGCUUGAUGGCUGUUUUGUGGUUGAGUUUAUUCGAGAGCGUUGGUGUGAAGUAGAGCAGCUUCCAAAAGAAAAAGACAUGAUUAUCAUUACUAAUGAUGCAAGUUACAUAUUCCGAGACUUGAUGUUAUUAGAAAAUCAACUUCCUUUCUUUGUCCUCGACCAACUUUAUCACUUGACAAAAAAAGAUUAUGAAUCACCACUAGCAGUACUGGUGAAUAAUGCGUUUACCCGUUUCGUAGACACGCUAAAAAUAUUUCGUGCAUAAUUUAGACUGAUAGGAAGUAUCACAGGAGAUAUCA